UAAAUUUUAUUUAGAUUCGGAAAUUUAAUACAAAGAAUUCGAAAAUCGUGUGGCGAAAAGAAUCAUGGAUAGCCAAAUGUGUGAUAAUGAUAAUAACGAUAAUGUAACGUCAAUUAUAAACACAUCGACGACAACAACAACAACAACGAUUAUAAACAUGGACCAUGAUCAUGAUAAUCAGGCAAUUGUGGAUAUUGUUCCAACAUCAGCUACAACUGAAUUGUCAUCGGCUAUGAUUGAAACUGAAUCAUUAUCGAAUGUAGUUGAUAAUAAUGAUUACAAUAAUCAAUCAAACAAAAACAAACAAAUUGAAACCAAUAUUCCAGUAUUCACUGAACAACAACAGCCAAAUGAAGAAACUAAAACUGAACAAACGGUCAUUUCAACCGAUUCUGUUGUUGCUAGUUGGCCAGAGACCAAUCCAAUUGAACAACAGCAGCAGCAACAACAACAACAACAACCUACGUCGAUUCAAAUAGAUGCGAACAAUGAACCAAACAAUCAGACAUCUGGAUCAAUGGACAGUAUGGUGCAUGAACCAGAAAUCAGCAUUAAUCUUGAGAUGAAUGCUGCCGGUAAUAAUCGGAUUGAAGAUGAAAAUAAGCAUUCGAAUCUAUUCGUUCCAACCAUUCAACUUGACUCCAGUGAUGAUAAUAUAACCGAUACAAAUGAUGUCAAUUUAGUUUCGGAAUCGAAUCAGCAACAAUCACAGCAGCAAUCAAUGUUAAAUGUAUCCACAUCAUUCAUGUCGUUAUCGAGCACUGGAUCAUCACCGAUUGUAUCGCCAACAUUGCCAAAUACUAGCCAGAAUAAUGGCCAACAAACAAUUCUGAUGUUGCCGCCUCAGCGAGCUUUUUUAAAUAUUAAAAAAGAUAUGCAAAAUUUCCCGGUUGUCGAUCUAGAUCAACGUUCUUCAUAUUCGGAUACAAACAAUGGAUGUGGUUUGGCAACAACCAGACAUGAAAAAUCAUUAGGUCUAUUGACCACUCGUUUCGUUACGCUGUUACAAGAAUCAAAGAACGGCGUACUCGAUCUAAAAUCGGCUGCUGAUUUGCUUGAAGUGAGACAAAAACGUAGAAUCUACGAUAUAACCAAUGUUUUGGAAGGUAUCGGUUUGAUUGAAAAGAAAUCAAAGAAUUCUAUCCAAUGGCUCGGUGGUGGACCGGGCUGUAAUGCACGAGAAGUAACUGAACGUCUUAUGACACUCAAAGAUGAACUUAUCGAAUUGGACAUUAAAGAAAUGGAACUGGAUGAACAUCUGAGUUGGGCCAAACAAUCGAUGGUCAACAUUAUGGACGAGCAAUGCUAUGCCAACCACAAACGUUAUGUAUAUUGUACACAUGAUGAAUUAUGUCGAAUGUUUGGCAAAAAUUGUAACAUGAUGAUUAUACAGGCACCACCAGGUGCCAAGAUGCGUGUCGAAACGAUGGCCCGAUCUGACCAACAAAAUGAUGAUCAGCUCAAUGAUGAUAAUAACUUUCAAGCUGAUCAGGUAUCCAAUCUUAGCCAGCUUGGAUUGCAUGACACUCAUGACUAUAGUGAUUAUCAAAAAUCUUUACGUCAAAUUCAGAUGCUCAGAAAACGUGGUUCAUGUAAUCAAAUACAUUUAAAAUCCGAUAAUGAUCCAGCUCAUGUCAUGAUUGUCAAUCAACAAUUCGAUGCUGACGAUGAUGAAAAUUUCGAUAAAAAUGGAAAAUCAACUGGACAACAGUCGAAUCCGAUUCCGGCUUAUAAACGAAAAAAAUACGCUCAUCUUAAACGACUGAUUGAAUCACAAAGAAUCGAAGCUCAACGUAAUCAACCGAUUGUGCAAGAAAAAGAUCGUUUGAUUUUGGAACAAAAAAUACUCGAAGAGACUGGCAUGACGAUGGAUGAGGCGAAUAAGCCACCUUCCGAAGAUGUGUCAUCGAAUACUGUGACCACAAGCAAUAGUAAAACGAAAGUUACCCGAAAAUCGUCGAAUCGAACAACCAAACAGGAAGCUGCAAAGAAUCGAAGAAAAAAAGAAAAAGAUUCAGCACCCGUUUUACCAUCUCGGCAUCUAUCACCUAGACGAGCAGCACAACAUCAUCUUUUCUGUCCAACAGCUAGAACAACAUCAUCCAGUAGAUCCAUCCAGGAAUCGACAUCAUCAUCGAUAACCACUCGAGGUGGCCGAAAAGAUCGCAAUGAAAUGGAACAAGAUGAAAACAAUGCUCAGCAAUCACAACAACAAUCGUCAAACAUAUUGAUACAGCCUAGUGAACCUGUUUAUGCUACGAAAAGUACACCAAAUACAAUUAAAUCAUCAUCAACAUCAUCGAUUACUACAUCGACAUCAUACUCGUUGAUUCCUGAAAUAAAAGAUGAAGAUACGCCACCACCAACAAUACUACUACUACCACCACCACCACCACAAAAAGAUGAAGAUUCAACUGAAUCUGAAACAAAUUCUAUGAUUGAUCAACCAGAAGAGAUGACAACAACGAUGGCCAACAUUCGACAACCAUUUUCUCAAGUACAAAUUAAAGUUGAUAUCGAUGAUUUAGUCAUACCGGAUUGUCAUCUACCAUUUUUACGUUUAUCACCACCAGCAUCGAAUCAAGAUUAUCAUUUUAAUUUAGCUAACAAUGAAGGCAUUUUGGAUCUGUUCCUUUGCGAUUGAUAAAAAAUUGUUUGUUCACUUCUUAUUAUUAUCAUAACACAUACAUACAGAUGAUUUUGAUAUUUUAUUUGCUUGAUUAGUAUGAGUUUUUUUUUAUUAUUAAUAAUCUGAUUAGUUAAUUAUCUGGUUAUAUAUGAUACAUACAAAUAUAAAACGGAUUACAUCCCUUUUCUUUU